CGUUUCCCCGGGGAGGGGAGGGGGCGUGACCCACCCACUGGAUGCCACUGAAAGCCGACGGGGCCCGGGAGCCCGAAGCCAGCUGGUGCAGCGACCAUGAGUGGGCACGUCGGCGACCUAAGCGCCAAGCAGGAGGCGGCGCUGGCCCAGUUCCGUGGGAAUAUCCAAGAUAUCUUACCAGGUCUUCCGGCUCAGGAUGAUUACUACUUGUUGAAAUGGCUCCGAGCCCGGUGUUUUGACCUGCAGAAGUCGGAAGCCAUGCUCAGGAAGCAUGUGCAGCUGCGGAAGUAUUUCGAUUCUGACCACAUUAAGGAAUGGAAAGCCCCAGAGGUUAUCCAGAAGUACAUGGCUGGAGGGACAUGUGGCUUUGAUCGGGAGGGCUGCCCGGUUCAGUACGAGAUCGUUGGGACCCUUGACCCCAAAGGGUUGCUCUACUCUGCUUCGAAACAGGAUCUGCUCAAAAAUAAAUUUCAGGACUGCGAGUCUCUGCGGGAGAUCUGCAACGAACAGACCCAAAAACUGGGGAGAAGAAUUGAAACUAUCAUAAUGAUUUAUGAUUUUGAGGGGCUUGGUUUGAAGCACUUCUGGAAGCCAGCUGUUGAAGUCUACAUAGAGCUUCUUGGCAUGUUCGAAGAUAACUUCCCUGAGAGCCUUAAAUAUUUAUUUAUCAUUAAAGCUCCAAAACUAUUCCCCGUAGCUUACAACAUGGUGAAGCACAUUCUGAGUGAAGACACUCGCAAGAAGUUAAUUAUCCUAGGAGCAAAUUGGAAGGAAGACUUGCACAAAUAUAUUGACCCCGCGGAGAUUCCCGUGAUAUAUGGGGGGGCCCUCACGGACCCUGAUGGAAACCCCAAAUGUGAAACCAAGAUAUGCUUUGGUGGUGACGUGCCCAAAACAUACUACAUGCAAGAUCAGCUGAAGCAACAGUAUGAGCAUUCCGUAAUGGUGAAUCGGGGGUCUUCCCAGCAGCUGGAAUACGAGAUCCUCUUUCCAGGCUGUGUCCUGAGGUGGCAGUUUAUGUCUGAUGGUGCCGAUAUAGGCUUUGGCAUCUACCUGAAGACCAAAAUAGGGGCCCGCCAGCACGCUGGGGAGAUGGCUGAGGUGUAUCCCAACCAGCGCUACAACGCACACCUGGUCCCUGAAGACGGCAGCCUCACCUGCCCAGAUGCUGGCAUCUACGUCCUGCGUUUUGACAAUACCUACAGCUACCUCUAUGCCAAGAAAAUCAGCUACACGGUGGAGGUUUUACUCCCGGAUAAGAAAUCGGAGCAGACGUUCCAGGAGUUGGAGGAACAGACCAGGGCGCUGGAGACCAACCAUGCUUGAGGAAGAUGCCAUCUCCCGGGAGCCUUCCCCCCCCCUCCUAUCCGCCCUGGGGGGGUGGCAGAGGUGGGCACCCUCCUCAAAGGUCUUUGGCAAUGGGAUUCAUGCUCGGGCAGUCAGCGGGCUGCCAGAGUUUCAACGAUGUGGGUAUCGGUCCCUGGAGCCCCCCAGUUUUAUAAAAAGGGGCCCCAUGGCCCCACCGCCAUUUGGUUCAGGACGCAGGAGAGACAUAGAGGCCAGGCUUGUGUGGGAAUCGGCUGCCUGCUCUCUGGUUUAGGGCAACUCGAGGCAAUGGGGCUUGCUGGCCUCUGGGGUGGCAGAAUGCUUUGGACCCCCAGGGUACGAUGGGGUGGAGGGGAUCGCCCUCCCCCUCCUCACCAGGUCACAGCAAAAUCCACGGAAGCUUAGCAUUUGGCUUGCGUCAGGGAUCUGCCCUGUCCAAAGACAGUGGAGUUCUCUGCCGUUGGCUGAGGUACGCUAUGCCUUUGUGGGGAGGUUCUGCUUCGAAAGCCGCGGAAAGAUCUGUCCUUUGAUACAGUACAGUUUCAUCCCCUUUCCCGGGAUGAAAAUGGGCAAGCUUCCGGCUGACAAAGCCUGUCUGUCUCAAAGUCUUGCUUGCUUAUUUGCCUCUUUUGGCGAUACCAAAGGCAACUGUCUCUAGAAUCCCUCUUACCACGUGGAACGGAAACUGUGCCAGAAAAUUAGGGAUCCCAGAAUGUCUGAGACCCCCCACCCCCGUGCUUGGCUGCUCACUGAUUGCCUUAAACGGUCAACCAGCCUGCCUCAGUUCCCUUGCUGACUCUGUGACAUCAACAGGACUGUUAGCCACCAGCCUCAACAGAACUCUUCGUCUACCGAAUCCCACUCGAGAUUUACUGACCUGUUUUUGCUCCCGGUGACUUUAUCCUAUGCACAAACAGGAUGUUUUCCACCGCACAAGUUGGGGAGACUGCAGAAGAAUUAAGAAGGGGAAAUUUGUCUCCUUUACCUGCUCCAGUCUCUACAUUCUGUAUAUUCUGAACGGGUUGGCUGAAAAUGAAAUAUGAAGCCACUGUGCAUUUUUGGGGUUUCCUCUGCAACCUUCAGAUACUUUUUUUUUUUAAAAAAAAAAUAUUUUUAGAAUAUUUUUAAAUAAACCAGAAGGAGAAAAGAAGAACAAUGAAACAGAGGGAUUUGCAAACUGUAAAAAAUUAGGUAGGAAUUUACCAAAUGUAAUUAAGAAAAAGAACAUUUUCUCCAUUCUAGUAAUAUUAAGACACUAAGAACAUUCCUUUUUUUAAACUGAUGUUUCUAAUUCCUAUGGAGAUGAAUUUGACAGAUUAACUCAGUUCAUUAGAAAAUUUUGCACAGGGAUUGAUGAGUCCUUUACUAUAUGCUGUUUUCUUUAGCUCUUUGGCCCCAGUUGCAUGCCCAACCACAUAAAAACAAUACUAUUGCAAUUCUAAAGCGACAGCACAAAAAGGAAAACAGCAGAGGAAGGAAGAGAAAAAACAAGCAAACCCAGGCCUCAAUUAUAUUUUAUUCUGGUCAUUAUUUUUAAACUACUUUGAAAAGUGGUUUAUCCUGAAGGUGGCUUCAAAUAAAAUCCAGAAGCUACGUCUCUAACAAUGUGAAUAAAAGGACUAGCCUCCCCCGUCCCCCAAGUAUACCAUUCUCACAGAGCAGGAAUUAAAAGAAAAAGAUAAAAACCCAAGAACAUUUUUUUUAAAAAAAAAACCGAAUAUAUUUGGGACUAUGUGAACUGUGUAUGGGUACAUCUGAAUGUAUGUAUGGUCUGGAGGAGAAAUACAAACCUUUUGUACAAUAUUUCUGCCCAAGUUCACAACUGUACAGGGAAAGAUAAUUUAUUUUUUUUAAAAUCGAUGGAGCUAAUAAACAGUGGGCGAAGUGGU